CUUCAAUCCAAUUUCCUUUCCUUUUCUCAACUAAAUAUGCUUUUCUCCUCCCACUCAGGUUUGCGGCCAACAAUUUCCAACCCCCAUCCCCUGUUCUUCUUCACUAUUCUCUCUUAGGAAAGAAUGUGAUUAUCGUUUCAAUUCUUCCCCAUUUCUUUACUCCCUGUGGGUCAUGGCUGCUUGAGAGCCUAAUUCCCUCCCCCACUGUUCUGUAAUCGGUUGGUGAAACUUGAAUGAAAUUCCUUCGCUUCAGAAAUUCGGAUUAGUGAGAGCUGGUCAUAAUUAGUCCCACAGUUCACCCAACUCACUGUUGUCGUCAUAAAUUCCAUCCUAGAAUACUCCAGGAGUCAACUUCUCUUAGUCCUCGUGUGAUUACUUAGUACAUUAGAGCUGCUAGCUUGACUUUUCCCUCUCUUGACGACUCUAAAUCUUUGGCAUGGGCAAUACCGCUGCUUCCUUUAUUGAGGAAAGACUCAAUCUUUCUACUCUUUGGGUCGUACCCAUCAUUGUCUCGGUAUCUCCACCCCCUGCUGCUAAAUUUACCAGCUUGGUUGUUUAGGAACCGAGUUUUUGUCCAACUGUAUCUGAGUUUUAUACAACCUUAGCUCUCAAAGCUAGCAGCUUUAUCCGGAAUUUUGGUAGUGCAGACCAGGUGUUUGUGAAAAUGGAGCUGGGUAUUAGAGCUACAAUACUUGUUCUCGUGUGGGUGGUCCUUAAUUCUGGCUUAGUUGAUAGUCAGAGGCCGGCGCUUGUGAACGUUGGUGCGGUUUUUACUUUUGAGUCCGUCAUUGGGAGAGCUGCAAGGCCAGCCAUAGAGGCAGCACUUGCUGAUGUUAAUAAGGAUACGAAGGUUCUUAAUGGGACCAAGCUCAAUUUGAUGAUGGAGGAUGCUAAUUGCAGUGUCUUCUUUGGCUCCGUUGUAGCUCUUCGCAUGAUAGAGAGACAAGUGGUUGCCAUAAUCGGUCCACAAUCAUCAGGAAUAGCUCAUAUGAUUUCUGAAGUUGCAAAUGGUCUACAAGUGCCUCUUAUUUCAUAUGCUGCUACUGAUCCAACUCUCUCUGCCCUUCAAUUCCCCUAUUUUGUACGAACAACACUAAGUGAUUCUUAUCAGAUGGCUGCCUUGGCUGAUUUAGUUGAAUUCUAUGAGUGGAAAGAGGUCAUUGUGAUCUUUACAGACAAUGACCACGGCAGAAAUGGGGUAGCUGCCCUGGAGGAUCAACUGAAUCAAAGAAUGAUAAAGAUUGCUUCCAAGAAGCGGUUAAGAGCCCGGUUCACUGACAAUGAUGUCAUGGAUGUCCUCAACAACACAAAGUUACUUGGUCCUCGUGUUUACAUCGUUCAUUCUUAUCAAGAUCCUGACUUGAGAAUCUUCGAGGCGGCCCAGAAGCUUCAAAUGAUGACAACCAAUUUUGUAUGGCUUGCAACAGAUUGGCUAGCUACUACCUUGGAUUCAUUCACUCCAGCACAGCGAUCUGCUCUCAGUCUUCUUCAAGGGGUUGUUGGGCUUCGUCAACAUACCCCCGAGUCAAACCAGAAGAAUACUUUCAUGUCUCGGUGGAAGGAAAUGCAAAGAAAGGGAUUAGUAACUACAGAGCUGAAUUCCUAUGCGCUGCAGGCUUAUGAUACUGUUUGGCUACUUGCAUAUGCAAUCGAUAGGUUUAUCAAUGAAGCUGGCAACUUCACUUUCUCUGCCAGAGAUAGACUUGUUGAUGAAGAUAAAUCUCACUUCCAGCUGGGGCAGCUUAAAGUUUUCAAUGGUGGAGCUGAUUUGCUUAAAAUCAUACUGCAGAUGAAUUUCACCGGUUUAAGUGGUCAAGUUCGGUUUAAAUCUGGACGAAAAGUAUUGAACCGUGGUUACGAUGUCAUUAAUAUUAACGACAUGUCUAUUCGGACAGUCGGGUUCUGGGCGAAUACUUCUGGAUUUUCGCUUGUACCUCCAGAAGAUCGCAGAGAAGAAAGUAGCUAUACUCGGCUAAAUAUGGAGCUUCGGAGCGUCACCUGGCCUGGUGGGAAAACCGAAAAACCUCGUGGCUGGGUGAUUGCUAACAAUGAAAAGCCUCUGAGAAUCGGAGUGCCCAACAGAACAAGCUUUGUUGAUUUUGUUACAGAAGUUCCGCCUAAUAGCCAUAAAAUUGAAGGAUACUGUAUAGAUGUGUUUCUGGAAGCAAGGAAAUUAGUGUCAUAUGAUGUACCUUACACAUUUGUGCCUUUCGGGGAUGGCCAUUCGAACCCUAGCUACGAUGACCUUGUAAGCAAAGUUGCAGGAAAUCUGUUUGAUGCAGCUGUUGGGGACAUUGCAAUAGUGACGAACCGAACAAAGAUAGUAGACUUCUCUCAACCUUAUGUGGCUACAGGCCUCGUGGUUGUGGCUCCAGUCAGAAACUUGAAAGCAAAUGCAUGGGUUUUUCUUAAGCCAUUUACCUGGGAGAUGUGGUGCGUUACAGCAGCUUCUUUUCUCAUUAUUGCUGUGGUCAUUUGGUUACUCGAGCAUCGUGUGAAUGAUGAUUUCAGAGGUCCUCCCAAACGUCAGAUCGUGACGAUGCUCAUGUUCAGCUUCUCUACUCUGUUCAAGACAAAUCAGGAAACAACCAGAAGUCCCCUUGGAAAGAUGGUCAUGGUAGUAUGGCUCUUCUUACUGAUGGUGGUAACUGCAAGCUACACAGCCAGUUUGACUUCCAUCCUCACAGUUCAACAGCUUUCAUCACCCAUUACAGGAAUCGAUAGCUUGGUUGCAAGUAAUUUGCCUGUAGGAUACCAAGUUGGUUCAUUUGCUUAUGGCUAUCUAUCAGAAACUCUCCAUGUAGCACCAUCUAGGCUCAAACGUCUGCACAACCCUGAAGAGUAUGAGGCUGCAUUGAGGAAAGGACCUAGUAAUGGUGGAGUUGCAGCAAUAGUAGAUGAGCUUCCAUAUGUAGAACUGUUCCUUGCAAAUCGAACAGAUUUCGGAAUCAUUGGCCAAGCUUUCACCAGGGCUGGAUGGGGCUUUGCAUUUCAGAAAGAUUCUCCACUCGCCAUCGACAUUUCCACAGCAAUCCUGAAGCUUUCAGAGAGCGGAGAGCUUCAGGAAAUCCAUGAUAGGUGGUUCUGUAAGAAGGGAUGCCCUGGAGAGCAUCAGAGGAAAAGCGAGCCUAACCAACUCCAUUUGAUUAGCUUCUGGGGGCUAUACCUUCUCUGUGGCAUUGUCACUCUGGCUGCAUUGCUAAUAUUCAUGAUAAAGAUGAUUCGGCAAUUCGCUAUCUACAAACAUAGAGAGUUGCAGAAUGCUACGCCAUCUGAUAUCUCGACAACUACCCGUUGUUGUGAGGUAGCCUACAACUUCUUCGACUUCAUCGACGAGAAAGAAGAAGCCAUCAAGAAAAUGUUUAAAGAAUGCGAGCAUCAUCAACCGCAGGUUGUCGUCAUGGAAAGAUAGCGAUUUGUUGGAGUAACCAAGUAGAAUGAGAAAAGAUUGCUAGUUAUUACAGUCUGACUACUUAUACAUAAUCUUGGAGGUGUAAGAAAAAGGGAGAAAUUGUACAAAAGGAAAUAGAUGGGGCAUGUUUGGCAAGUAUAGAUCACCUAAUGAAUUUUAUUUUUCUUAAUGAUAAAGAAAUGAGAAAUUUCCAUUAUUUGGGUGAUCUUGUGCGAAAGAACUAGCUCAUUUUCAUGGAAAUGGAACUUUAUGUACAUUCUGUCU